UAUCGCGCGUCUCUUCUCACAAACACCAUUUUGACGAAGAUAAACGCGUCUUUUAAUCAAUUUCGAGAGUGAGUUAGAUGUUUAAAACGUAUAUCAACGAUAAAUAUACUCUACAAGCGUGUUUUAUCUUCCACCUGCCGUGUGUUUAAAGUUUCUGACGGCUUUAGUUCACCGUUGUUUUUAACUUGUUAGCAGCUAGGUGGCUAGGUGGCUACACCGGGGAGGUGAACGUCGCUGUGACCCGCGGACCGACGUCGCUGCACGGGCGGAUCGAGGACUGGGGGUCGGGGAUCCAUGGAGCGGCCGGACCGGGGCAGAGGCCGCCGGCUGCUGAAGAACCAGCCGUUCGACGAGAGCGUGGAGGUGGCGGACGGGGAGGAGGUGGCCAGCGUGUGCAGCCCCACUCCCGGCGGCCAGCAGCAGUCUGAAUCCAGCAGGAGCCGGAGGAAUCGCAGCCUCAUGUCCAGCAACAGCGACGAGUUUGACGAGGACCCCAAACCUCAGAGGCCCAAAGAGCUGGGCGGCGUGCAACCAGGAGGCAGUCCUGAGGACGAGGAGGACGAGGAGGAGGAAGAGGAGGAGGAGGAGGAGGAAGAAGAGGAGGAGGAGGACUCUGAUGAGGAUGAUUCAGACGAUGACGGCGAGCCGACAGCGGCUCCAGAGGGAGCGUACGAUCCUGCAGACUACGCCAACCUGCCCGUCACCACGGAGAUCAAAGACCUGUUCCAGUACAUCACACGAUAUUCUCCUCAGCCCAUUGAGCUGGAUCACCACUUGAAGCCGUUCAUCCCAGACUUCAUCCCGGCUGUGGGAGACAUCGACGCGUUCCUCAAGGUACCAAGACCGGAUGGGAAAGUAGAUAAUCUGGGCCUGCUGGUUCUGGAUGAGCCCAGUGUGAAGCAGUCGGACCCCACGGUGCUGUCGCUGUGGCUGUCGGAGGAGAGCAAGCAGCACGGAGCCACAGAGCUGACCAAGGUGACCAGCGUGGCCAGCCCCGGGUCCAACCCCCGCGCCGUGGCCAGCUGGGUGGAGAGCAUCGGCGCGCUGCACCGCUCCAAGCCCGCGGCCAGCGUGCAGUACGGCCGGGCCAUGCCCGACAUCGACAGCCUGAUGCAGGAGUGGCCGGCGGAGCUGGAGGAGCAGCUGGGCCGCCUGCAGCUGCCGCCGGCGCGGCUGCACUGCAGCCUGGAGACGUACGUGGACGUGGUGUGCAGCCUGCUGGACAUCCCCGUGUACGGAAGCAGAGUGCAGGCGCUGCACCUGCUCUUCAGCCUCUACCUGGAGUUCAGGGACUCGGCGCACUUCACCAGCCGGCCGUAGCGGCUGGACACACACACACACACACACACACACACACACACACACACACACACACACACACUCAUCCACUCAUCCACUCAUCCAUCUACUCAUCCAUUUAUCCAUCUACCCACUCAUCCAUCCACUCAUCCACUAAUCCACACAUUCAUCCACUCAUCCACUAAUCCACACAUCCAUCCUUCCCUUCACUCUCUUUUCCUCUCUCUCUUCACAUUCACAGACUCAUUCUUCUACCUCUACCUCCAUCCACACAUCCACUAAUCCACAUAUCUAUCCAUCCAUCCAUCCAUCCGUCCAUCCAUCCAUCCACUCAUCCAUCCAUCCAUCCACCCUUCACAGCGCCGCCCUCAGGACUGAAAAUAAUCUCAACACCGGUCCUUCUCCAGCAAAUUUGGAUCUUCUAUAACUGAGAACAUUGUUCUGAUUUAGACGACUUCAUCUUUGUGAUUGUCGUCUUUAUGUUCUGAAACUGUAAAGUGAAGCUAAGGCCGUUGUUCUAGCAACAACGUCCGUGCAGGUGAGAGCAGAGACCUUCUCUGCAGUUCCUGGUGUCUGAAGCCUCAUGUUCUAACUUAACCUCACUUUCAUUUGUUUAUAUAUGUUUAUAUGAAAUAUAGGUAUUUAAUGCUACAACCAUAUAAUUUCCCUUUGGCAGGUGAUAAAGUAUUCACUUCUGUCAGAACCUUGUACUUCAAUAAAAUAGAUUUUUGUAAGUGAUGUGCUGUUCCGUCUUCAU